CACGGAUAGUGGCGCUGGCGACUGGCGAGAAAACUAAAAUGGCCGCAAAUUCUUAGCGAAAGAAACGUCAGUGCGGCCAGAACUGUAGAAACAGAAACUUUCCGUAGAAAAUUUGAACUCCGGUAUUUCGUUCUAAUAUGUUAUUAUAAGUGCGUGCGGGUGUGCACUUAGGGAUAUGUCGGGGGAACGAGAACUGCCUGCUGAGGACAGCAUCAAGGUGGUGUGCCGUUUUCGGCCCCUCAACGAUUCUGAAGAAAAGGCUGGUAGCAAAUUCGUCGUCAAGUUUCCACAGGGUGGAGAUGAUAACUGCAUUUCCAUUGCGGGUAAGGUGUACCUGUUCGACAAAGUAUUCAAGCCCAACGCGUCCCAAGAAAAAGUCUACAAUGAGGCUGCGAAGAGCAUCGUCACCGACGUGCUGUCGGGCUUCAACGGCACUAUCUUCGCCUACGGGCAGACCUCUUCGGGUAAAACUCAUACCAUGGAGGGGGUGCUCGGCGAUCCCCAGAAGCAGGGCAUUAUUCCUCGUAUAGUAAAUGAUAUCUUCAAUCACAUCUACGCGAUGGAAGAAAAUCUAGAAUUUCACAUUAAAGUAUCUUAUUUUGAAAUUUACAUGGACAAGAUAAGGGAUCUUUUAGACGUAUCAAAAGUGAAUUUGAGCGUCCAUGAAGAUAAAAACAGGGUACCGUAUGUGAAAGGUGCAACAGAACGGUUUGUCUCGAGUCCUGAGGAAGUAUUUGAAGCAAUUGAAGAGGGCAAAUCCAAUAGACAUAUAGCUGUAACAAAUAUGAAUGAACAUUCAUCCAGAUCGCAUUCCGUAUUCCUCAUAAACGUCAAGCAAGAGAACCUCGAAAACCAGAAAAAGUUGUCUGGAAAAUUGUACUUAGUAGAUUUGGCUGGAUCCGAAAAAGUCUCAAAAACCGGAGCCGAGGGUACUGUGCUGGACGAAGCGAAGAACAUCAACAAAUCUUUGUCGGCCCUAGGCAAUGUAAUAAGCGCGCUCGCCGAUGGCAACAAGUCUCACAUUCCGUACCGAGAUUCCAAACUGACGAGGAUCCUGCAAGAAUCUCUGGGAGGUAACGCAAGGACGACCAUCGUCAUAUGUUGUUCACCUGCUAGUUUCAACGAGGCUGAGACUAAGUCUACCUUGGAGUUCGGAAAGAGAGCGAAGACGGUGAAGAACGUGGUUUGCGUGAACGAGGAACUGACAGCCGAAGAAUGGAAGCGGCGAUACGAGAAGGAAAAGGAGAAGGUAGCCCGACUAAAGGGCAAAGUGGAGAAAUUGGAGGAGGAGUUGAACCGUUGGAGGAGCGGCGAGACGGUGAAACCGGAGGAGCAGAUCAACCUACAGGACCUGCUCAUUACGGAUGCCGUCACUCCUGUCAGUGGUAUGGAGGAGAGCAUCGUGCAGGAAAGUCCUUUGCCCGCAACUCCAGCGUUGAUGAUAGGCUCCACUUUGGGUAUAGAAGAACGCACGAAACUAGAACAAGAAAGGGAGCGAUUAUACCAGCAGUUGGACGAAAAGGAUGAGGAGAUCAACCAGCAGAGUCAGUACGUCGAGAAACUCAAAGAACAGAUGCUGGAACAGGACGAACUUAUCGCAAGUACCAGAAGGGAUUAUGAAGCCUUGCAAGCUGAGAUGAAUAGAAUUCAGCAAGAGAACGAGAGUGCUAAGGAGGAAGUGAAAGAAGUACUUCAAGCACUCGAAGAAUUGGCUGUGAACUAUGACCAGAAGAGUCAAGAGGUCGAAGCGAAAAAUAAGGAGAUGGAGACACUUAGCGAAGAAUUAAUGCAAAAGCAAGCCAGCUUGAACACCACCACGACUGAGCUGCAACAAUUGCGCGACAUGAGCAGCCACCAGAAGAAGCGCAUAGCAGAAAUGCUUAGCAAUCUACUUAGGGAAUUAGGAGAAAUUGGAACUACUUUAGGAGGUACUGGCACAGGUACACUAGGUGGCGCUGGUGAUGCUGAACAGUUGAAGAUCAGCAACGACGCCGCUAAACUAGAGGAAGAAUUUACAGUUGCUAGGUUGUACAUCAGCAGAAUGAAGACGGAGGUCACUAAUCUCACACAAAGACUUAGGGAAAUUGAGAAUAAAGAGCAGGAUAGUAACAGAAAGGUGACUGAAUAUGAGAAAGAAUUAGCAGAAUGUAGGCUAUUGAUUUCUCAACACGAGGCCAGAAUGAAGAGUUUGCAAGAGUCGAUGCGAGAAGCAGAAAAUAAGAAGAGGAUCCUGGAGGAAAGCAUCGACUCUCUUAGAGAGGAGUGCGCGAAACUCAAGGCUGCCGAACAGGUGCAAAGUGCGAGCGAAAGUGAAAAGAAGGAGGCCAACGAGCUUCGACAGGCUCUGGAGCAGCAGAUGGAUCAAUUGAGGGUGGUUCACCAGAAGCAGGUGGCUGCGCUCAGGGAUGAAAUCGCUGAGAAACAGCAGCUCAUCAACGAGAUCAAGGAUUCCAACCAGAAAUUGCAGCUGGCCCAGCAGCAACUCCAAGCCGACUACGACAAGAUCAAGUCGGAGGAGACCGAGAAGUCGCAGAAACUGCAGGAACUCAUUGCCACGAACGAGCGCAGAGAACAGGCGAGGAAAGACCUCAAGGGACUCGAAGACACUGUUGCCAAGGAGCUGCAGACUCUGCACAAUCUCAGGAAGCUCUUCGUGCAGGAUCUACAGGCCCGCAUGAAAAAGAACAUGUACAGCGAGGAGGCCGACGAAGAAGGAGGCUCCUUGGCCCAGAAACAGAAGAUCUCCUUCCUGGAGAACAACCUGGACCAGCUGACCAAGGUGCACAAGCAGCUGGUGCGCGACAACGCUGAUCUCCGAUGCGAGCUGCCCAAGCUGGAGAAGAGAUUGCGCGCCACCAUGGAAAGAGUGAAGGCUCUCGAGACCGCGCUGAAGGAGGCCAAAGAGGGAGCUAUGCGGGACAGGAAGAGAUAUCAAUACGAAGUGGACCGAAUCAAGGAAGCGGUACGCCAAAAGAACCUCGCUCGACGGGGCCCAGCCGCAACAAUCGCGAAGCCAAUCAGGGCCGGCCAACAACAUCACGUGAACGUGAACGCAGUGCAAGGGGGAAGCCCGGGAGCUGUGGUCAGACCCAUCAGGCCAAAUUCCGGCGUCGACCCAGCAGAACAGCAGAAGCGCAGGUCCAUCAUCGUUGGGGAUAAAGAGUGAGAAGCCACGUCCGCUUUUCGUCGCCACCGAUCAGCGCUGGUGCUUUAACCACAAGAGUAAACCGUGUCGUAGGAGCAAAUUUGUAAUUUAAUAUUAUCGUUAUAAUGGAUACGCGUAAUUGGUAUAUUCCCACAAUCACACAAAAAACGUAUGAAUACCAAAAAAAUAUUGCCUGCUACUGCAAUGUGGCAUCGCAUCUCAUUCUAGAAAGUCAACCGACGGAUGUGACUGAAAGAUUGCUCGCAAAACGAAAGAGGAUGACGUAACCAAUUUAGAUGUAAACUGAAAUGAUAAUUUUUUAAUGGAUAUUCGGGGCGUUUCGUUUUGUGGUCUUUUGGUCACCAUCCGAGAACUCACGGGCGAUGAUUCGAUGUGCUUUCAGCUUAGGGGUUGUGUUGUUAUAUCCAUUUCUCAAAUUAGCAAUAAGGUGCACCCACACUGCUAUUGAUUCAGUUGACAGGCGGAAACAGUUAGACAUGUUCCAAUAAAGGUGAUGCUGACACAAGAAAGACCAAUAGAUCCCGACCUCUAGCCCCAAGUCCAUGGUUCAAAUGCAGUCUUUAUCAAUGUUUGAAUAAUUUUGUUUGCAUGAUUUUGACUGUCAUAUUAACGAACAAACGCAUGUUGACAGUGAUAGAGUUUAUUGCCAACAUUCAAUUUGCUGCAAUGCUAUGGAGUAAGUAUACCGUAAGGAAAACACCGUUCUCAUUACUCUUACACUAAUUUAUAAUGCUUGCAACUAUUUUGUGACAAAUUUAUAACCAUGUCAACUGGACUUGUCGCGUCGGUCGCUACCCGUUGACUGUCCUUUCCUGUCAUCACGAUUUUAUAUUUUGAAAUCGACCAACCGAGAAGUUUUCCAUCGCUUUUGUCGAAGUUCCAGACAAUGCCAAUCCCGAAAUCGGCAGAACGCUUUCGAACGUGAAAUAAAGCUCUAUAAGGCCGCAAUCGCCCGCACGCAGACGCGUAACCCUGGUUGCCUAAGCGUUGUCGACGGGUACUGGUUGGUUAAAUUUUGAUGUAAACUGCAUUUGGCUUACGGAGCACAAGAAGGUUUAUGGGAUCUUGGCCUAUGGUAAUGGGAGGGUGAGAAACCCAUCUGCAGCUGUCUUUUUCUAAGAGCAUGAUAAUUUUUGGAACGUCAUAUGAACAUCAAAUGAGCAAAAUAUAGAAAACAAGAUGAUACGUCACCUAUUCUUCCACAAAUUUGUUUUUAUUGAUUUUUUGUACGAGGACCAUUGCCGUAAACCUUUAACGUUGUCGAAUAAGUUGUUAGAAAUGUCCGCGACCUUUAUAGAGAUUAUUAACUGUUUUUGUGUACCAAUCGUAAUUACCGUUACUAAAAAUUUGUUCGGCUUUAUGCAAUUUUUAAUUACUCCAAAUUUUUAUUUAUGUGGUUGAGAUUUUACGGCAACUGGCGUAAAAAUAUACGUUAGAUUUUUUAUAUUUCGUUCUGAAAUCGUAAUUUUAACACAGCAUGCACUUUGGCAAAGUAUUAUAAUACAGCACCCACACGAUAUCCAAUUUUUGUUUCUUCUUAUUUAGCAUUUUUUGUAGAUCCUUGCUUCUAUUGUAAGGCUAUUUUGAUAUUUUGUACUUUACUACCUUAAGUAUUAAAAUGAAAAAUAUACAGUUGCAUUUCAUACAAAGUCCGUUUAUAUCCAAGGCAAGUAGUAGUUGUUAACCUAGAAUACUACACUUGCACCUGAGUGAUUUACUAAUUUCUAUCAAAAUUCUGUAAAACAGGAUUACCUACAUGGAACAAUUUUGAACAAUUUAUUGUUUAUCGAUGUGCAGGGAUUCAAAUUUAUAUUCUGCCAACAUACGUAAUUGAAGUCGCAGUUUUUCAAAUGAUUUUUUUAUAAAGCCAUGCUAGCAUCGAUCAGAAACUAGUUGUAUUUGUUACCUUUGCUGUGGAGAAAUUUUUGACUAGCCGCGUAUAUCAAGUUUUAAAUUUGCUUAGUCGUAUUCAAAGUGCAGCUAUCAACUAUAUUUAAGUGAAAAUAUAGUUGAUAGCUGCCCAUAAUAACCCACAGCUUAUGAUUACACGACGCAUGUGUUAUUUAAUUUCAUAAAAAAAUUACUUCAAUUUAAAACCCUGCACAUGGAAGUAUGGAAUGUUUUUUCUUUGCUAAAAGAAUUAUUGUAACGCUAUGCUAUGUAUAUAAUUUUGGUAGGGUUCACAGUCUAGAUCUAGGAGAAACGUGGAGUGCCAGCUUGACCAGAUCAAGUUUGAGAGCGACUCCCAAAAGAUAAUAAAAUAUAAAAAAAAAACUUUGUUGUAAGUACAGUAAUUACUAUACAAGUGUAAACAUUUCUUGUUCAAAUGCGAAAAGUUUUUAAAUUUUUUUCAACAUGUUUUAUGACACGUUUUUUGAAGAAUGCAAAAAAAUCGUAACAAGUUUGUGAUAGAUAUAAAACAAAUGCGUUUAUGCCAGAAGAUGCUUGCCCACUGAGGCGAGGAGAAUUACAGCAACAUUUUUGUUGGUUCGAAUCUCCGCCUCGGAAGUUAACCUCGUUUCUAUAUUACGCACAAUCGGUGCAAGAUCAUCGUAGGUGGAGAUGGUUUAAUCGACAAUGGCUUACCAGUAAAUGGCUUGUGGUGAAUGAAUGAAUCAUGAAAUUAGAGGCAUCCCGGCCACCAUAAGGAGACAGUGCAUAGGCCGGUUAAACCGGGCCUUAUGCAUCUCUACAUUCCUUAGACCUCAAGCCUCGCCUUUCUAGCAAAGUUGAGAAUGGCCUUGAGUCCAAGCUCCUUGACGUCCUGAGGGUCCAGGACCCCAGUAUAGUAGCUUAGAGCUUCACUGCGACACAGAACGUACGCCGAGGUAUCUUCCUCUACCCCGCAGCGCUUACAUAAGGGUUCCUCAGCCACCCCCAUCACGUGCAGGUGCCGCCUCAACGUGUUAUAGCUAGACAACAGUCCCACCAGCAACCUUAUUUUGGUUCUAUCCAGAGAUAGGCAGAAACUCCAUCCUUAGCGCUGGGCCCUACAAUGAGUUCCCGUGCCUGGCGGAGAUGGCUGGAGAUACUUCUCCAUUUGUUGCAAUCCACGUUUCCAUUUUCUUCCUAACUUUUUGCGCAGGCACUCCUAAAGUUGGCUCAGAACCAACAAGCUUGCUGGCUGAUCCUGUCUUCGCCAUUGCGACCGCUGUCUCAUUGCCCCUUACCCCGGCAUGCCCCGGUACACACAUUAACGAUACCGGAUGCCUUGCAAUACUAAUCUCCGCCUCGGAAGUUAAUCUCGAGCCAUGGAUGUUGUGUUAUUUUCUGUACUACGCACGAGCGGUGCAAGAUCAACAUAGGUACAUCACAUCGUUGGAGCUGGUUUAUUCGAUAAUGGCUUACCAGUAGACGGCUUGUGGUAGUACAAUGUUGAUACUGUGGGGUCGGUAAAAAGGUCAAAGAUGGCCUAGUUGCCUAGCUUUCCCUACCCAGCACUACUAUAACUACACCUGUCAUUUGCACCUGUCAAAUGUGACACGUCGGCCCAAUGUUCGGGCUCUAAUUUGAUUACGGGUAAAGCUCAGCGGAAAUGUUUUGCUUAAAAACAUCCUGUCAUCAGUAGUCGUGCAAAAAUGUAGUAAAUUGAAAGAAGCCAGCGAGUAAACAUAUUGCUGAUGUACAGCGAGAUUAAAUAAAUAUGAACGCCCUAUACAUAGCAGUAUAGGUGCCAAAGCAUCAUGGCAUUGUAGUGUGAAGUUUCUGGCACUAAUGUUUCCUAAGAGAACGUACCAAAUCGCAAUAAGUGUUUCAAAAGACAUUCGAUUCGAGUUAUUUGUCAUAAAAAGGAACAGAAAUGUCUGCACUAGAAUAUGGGAUUAAGAGGGUACUUUACAGUUUUAUUAUUGUGAUACAGACGUGUUACUGUGCUGCAUAUAUUAGUUUGCGUCUUUGUUCUUCCUUGCCUGCUCAUGCACGACGAAAUUAUUUUAUAUUUUUUCGAGAGUCACUGCUAUUUUCUAUAUACAAAUAUAUAUAUUUUGUUAUGUAUUGUAUGCUUAUGUAAAUUUUGAAAUCUGGUGCACAAUUUUAUCUCAUUUUACCUAGAGUCGAUAUAUUGGGUAUACAGGAUGUUUGGUCAACAUGCAAAAAUACUAACAGUAGUCAUAUUUCACUUAUAUUAUUUUUAUAAUAUUAAUCUACUAGGCCCAAUGUCCCAAAUUUUUGAUGAUCCAGUAAACCCUUGGUUCAGAUGUAGUUAUUAUCAAAGUUCUCAUCAAAAAGACGUUAAACUUGGGUUGCCCACCCCAGCCUGUUGCAGAUGCGUUCGAUUUCAGUCAUGUCGACUAACAAAUACGUGAUUACCUGAAUCUUGUAGCGUUUGCAAAACUAAAAGUUGUAAAAUGCGAUACUGUUUGACAUUUGACAACACUAGCACGAGCUCCUCCAGGUUGCGCGAUAUUAAAGAACAUGAAUAUAUACACAGGUUUUGACAAAAGAACAUAAAAUAGCACCAGUACAAAAUUAGUUUCGCCAAAAGAAAACGCUAUUUGGCAAUGAUAAUAAUUGUUAGUUGAGAUAUCGCCGGUCAAAAAUAUACAAACUUGAACUGAGAUUAAACGCAUUUGCGGCAGGCUAGAGUAGACAAUGCUUUCUCUUUUAACAAUCUAAGGUAUCAUUUGCUUUUGGGAUAUGGGUUUAUUGCGAUAUGCGCAUAAUAAUAAUUCAGUUUCCUAUGACAAAUGACUGCAUUUUGACUUAAGGGAAGGAGUACCAAACAUCCUGUGUCUAUAAACCUGAUUGGUUUUACUGUGCUGAUCCUAGCAAUUGAUUUUUCUGUGGUAGACUAUCGAUUAUAAAUACAUGUUUGAUAGUGGCUGAUGUCGCUACUGCCCGCUUUUGAGGUCGUCAACUACUUGACAGAUGCAAUUUACCCCUAUUUAUUAUUUAAAUCGUCAAAGUUAUUAUAUAUAUUCUAAUGAACUUACUGAAAAAAGUCA